GCACCGUGACAGAAGUCAAAACGGACAUCUACGUGACCAGCUUUGGGCCGGUGUCCGACGUGGAGAUGGAAUACACAAUGGAUGUCUUCUUUCGGCAGACAUGGACUGAUGAGAGGUUGAAGUUUAGUGGGCCAACUGAAAUUUUGAGAUUGAACAAUUUAAUGGUCAGUAAAAUUUGGACACCAGACACAUUUUUUAGAAAUGGAAAAAAAUCAAUUGCUCAUAAUAUGACAACUCCUAACAAACUCUUCAGAAUUAUGCAGAAUGGAACUAUUCUUUACACAAUGAGACUAACCAUUAAUGCUGAUUGUCCUAUGCGGUUGGUGAACUUUCCUAUGGACGGACAUGCUUGUCCAUUGAAGUUUGGAAGCUAUGCUUAUCCAAAAAGUGAAAUAAUUUAUACAUGGAAAAAAGGACCCCUGCAUUCAGUAGAAGUACCACAGGAGUCUUCCAGCCUCCUCCAGUAUGACCUCAUAGGACAAACUGUAUCUAGUGAAACAAUUAAAUCUAACACAGGUGAAUAUAUAAUCAUGACAGUUUAUUUCCACUUGCAAAGGAAGAUGGGCUACUUCAUGAUACAGAUAUAUACUCCAUGCAUUAUGACAGUCAUUCUUUCUCAGGUGUCUUUCUGGAUUAACAAGGAGUCUGUUCCAGCCAGAACAGUUUUUGGAAUCACUACAGUUCUAACAAUGACCACUUUAAGCAUCAGUGCACGCCAUUCUUUGCCCAAGGUGUCCUAUGCUACCGCCAUGGAUUGGUUCAUAGCUGUGUGCUUUGCCUUUGUCUUCUCUGCACUUAUUGAGUUUGCAGCUGUCAACUACUUUACCAAUCUUCAGACUCAGAGAGCAAUGAGGAAGGCAGCCAGGGCAGCAGCACUGGCAGCAGCACUAUCAGCAGCAACUGUACCGGCAGAGGACGAGAUUGUCUCGCAUUCUGACUCCAACUGUAACCUGAAGAAGCGAGUAAACUCCGUAACAUCUCAGGCAGAUCAGUCUCCUGAAGCCAGCAUAAUAUCAAAUAGAGCAUCCCAGUGUCAACAAGUGUCUGUUCCUCCGCCAGCCCCACCACCCCCUAUUGGAGGCACAAGUAAAAUAGACCAGUAUUCUAGGAUCCUCUUUCCAGUGGCAUUUGCAGGAUUCAACCUGGUAUACUGGGUCGUUUAUCUUUCAAAAGACACUAUGGAAUUUUUUGAACCUACUGCAAUGCAUCUUCGAAAUGACCAUCAGUCCAACUGAAGAACAGCUCAAGGUUUCAAAGAAAUCACUGAAGAUCCUGUAGGGUUGAAGGGACUUCAAAGGA